UCGUCUCUUGCAGCGGGACUAAACCUCAACCAGCCGUCGCCAUGAUUUGCAAGCUCGCCGUCCUCCUGUGCGUGGUGGCCGCCGCCUCCGCCGGCUACAUCGGCAGCCCCUACUACAGCUCCUACUCGCUCAGCGCCUCGCCGUACGCCUACUCGUCCUACUACUCGCCCUACGCCUACUCGGCCUACUCGUCCGCCUACUCGCCCUACGCCUACAGCGGCCUGGGCUACAGCAGCCUGGGCUACGGCACCUACGGCAGCUACGGCUACCCCGGCAGCUACCUGUACCGAUGAGAGGACAACAUUGGACGUCCCUGUCUCCGUGGGACGACACGCCGCCGCCGCCACCGCCGCGGAUCUAACUGACAAAUCAGAAAACUGUCCGGAAUAAAACCCUUGCCUUUUCCUCUUA